CUGCUGUGCAGGGCAGAGAGGAGAUGCAAUGCUUUGAGGAGUGGGCGAGACACAUUUAAUAUAGCGUGAGCUUUGCACCGAGCACAUGCAAACUGAUUCGGAGGACGUUAUUGGGAGCUGAGCCAGUGAAAAGCAACCAGAGGCCGAGCUCCCACGAGGAUACAGACAGCCACAGCAGAAAGCAAAGCAGGACAGAUGAGAUCGAUCAGUCAGAGCCCUGGUCUCCACGCCCCGUGCCAAGGAGACACACAGUAGGAGGGCCUCGCACCGCUGGGGAUGUGAUCGCUAUGCAGUCGUACAGCAUUGACCAUAAGAGAGAGGCUUUCCUUGAACAUCUGAAACUGAAGUAUCCCAACCAUGCCUCUGUCAUCAUGGGCCAUCAGGAAAGAUUUAGAGAGCAGGUCAGGAGUUCUGUGCGCAGUGUGACUCCUCAGUCUGCUGUAGGGGAGUCAGGGGAGCCUCUCUCAUUGGCUUGCCUCAGCUCUUUGGAGGCCAUGUCGGAGGGAGAAGCUCUCUCCGCCUUCACCCGAGGGAGCCGCUCACGGGCGAGCCUGCCUGUGGUCAAGUCAAACAACCAGACCAAGGAUAGGUCAUUAGGUGUACUGUACCUACAGUAUGGAGAGGACACCAAACAGAUCCGAAUGCCCAAUGAGCUGACGAGUGCAGACACUAUCAAAGCUCUGUUUGUCAGUGCCUUUCCCCAACAACUCAGUAUGAAGACACUGGAGUCACCCAACGUGGCUAUAUACAUCAAAGAUGACACGAGAAACAUGUACUAUGAGUUAACUGAUGUCAGGAACAUCACACCACACUCCUGCCUGAAGGUGUAUCACAAGGAUCCAGCCCAGGCUUUCAAUCAGAACAUAAGAACCAAUAAUGGAGAUGCUCGGACGACAAGAGAGAGGCUUUACAGUAGCAGACAGCAGCCUGGAAGUCCCAUCAACUCAGUCCAGGGCUCCUUGUCACCUCCUACACCUCGAUCUGUGCCCUCUUCCCCCUCCAGGAUUUCUUACAGCCAUUCAGUUUCCACCUUACCCAGGGAACGUAUCCCGAGCGUUCCCCCCAGCCGCUCCAACACAUCCUGCACUAGUGCCAUCCUAGAACGAAGAGACGUUAAACCGGAUGAAGAUCUGGGCACUAAGAGCAUUUCUGUAUUUGCUGACCCGUACGCUACGAUCGAGGCCAGGCUCAGCAUCGCCUCUUCUCAAGGCAGCCAUACUGGAGACACCCCAGACGGCGUGCCGUAUAUCCAGCAUCGCUCCUCUAUCAAGUCUACUGGCACUUAUGCAGAUGGCCAGGACCAGCACACCCUCUAUAGACAGAGGUCCCUCAAGUACAGCGAGACCAAAACUCCACCGGCUUCACCCCAGCGGGUCAAUGAGGUCAGAAUGUUUGACAUGCCCUCACAAGGCAUGACAAUUGAAAGGGCAUCAGCAGUUAGAAGAUCUUUACGUAAGGAGAGUAAUGGAAACAUGGACGUAGUGACCAGGGUGAGAGGCAAUAUGGCUUCUCCUGUUUUUGCUGACUUUCCACCUGGUCAUGGAGACAGGCCGUUUCAGGGCGAUCCUCAGAGUGUAAGAAUAAAGGCUAUGGAGCAGCAGAUAGCCAGUCUCACUGGACUUGUUCAACAUGCUCUUUAUAAGGGCACAAAUACAAGUGCCAAAGAGACCAUGAGUGAGAAAACUCUGAGGACGGCCUCUCCUGCUCAUAACAUAAAUAGUGGUGGCGUCUAUGCUGUAGCAUCAUCUAAGGACCCAGCUGUAAACACAGACCCCCUUUCAUCACAUGCUCAAGUCCCUGUCAUAGACUCUGCUGUAAGCCCUCUCCUCUUCACCUUCAAAAGAAAUGUCUCUGACCUCAGACUCCAACUCUACCAGCUCAAACAGCUGCAGCUACAGAACCAGGAUACCAUAAGAAUGAUGCUACGACAGGCAGAGAAGGAGAUCUCUGGAAAGCUUUCGGUGGCUACACUGCGUGCUGAGGACCCUGUUCUCAAACAGAAAGUCCAGGUGGAAGAAGAAAGACAUAAGUAUAUGUGCAUGGAGGAGAACGUUCUCUUGCAGCUUGGAGAUUUGGAGAACUAUGUUGAGAAGAUUAAGAGAAAAUCCACCUCCGACACGGGCCAUCAAGCAGUCACCCUGAAGGAUGUAGAGGAGGGUGCAGUCAAUCUACGCAAAGUAGGAGAAGCUUUGGCAGCACUCAAAGGAGAGUUCCCAGACCUGCAGACGAAAAUGCGAACGGUGCUGAGGGUGGAGGUGGAGGCCGUGCGUUUCCUGAAGGAGGAGCCUCAUAAGAUGGACAGCAUGCUGAAGAGAGUCAAAGCCCUGACUGACAAUCUCAGUGCAUUGAGAAGAUAUGCCACUGAAAGCCAGAAUCAUCAAUCUGACAUAGUCCCUGUAAAAACAGUUACUGAUAAUUCUAUCGUCUUCACGGAGGGAUGCGGAUCUCCCAAACCUGUCCGCAAUUUUCCCGCUCCACAGUCAAGAUCACCUACAAAAGUCAGCACCUCAGAGCCCACACCCUUAUCCCCCUACACGGUGCACCGGGUCUGGAGCCCUCCCCUCACACCCAUCCACACCCGGGACUCUUCCGCUGUGGCGUUGGUCAACCCCAGGAGCAGAGAAAACAGCCCGGUGCCUCAAAAAAGAGUCGCUCCACAGGGUCAGGAAGCCCUGCCGAACACUACCACCAGCACUGGAUCUUUCACACAAACAGAGAUCAACUUCAGUACAAACAAGAGCACGUCUGAAGAGGUCUCAGAAAGAGCAUCAGAGUACAGUUCAAGCCUGGUUCAUUCUCCUGGAAGAAAAAUGGAGAAAGAAAUGGACAGAAUCCUACAGCAUACCCAAGCCAACCUUUUGAAGGCCAUACCUGACCUGGAGUUGAGCAAACAGGAGUCCUACCAACCAGCCAGCAGCCUGCCAGACAAGAUGGAAGUGGUUCCUAUGUCUCCCCAGCCUGAAGCCACACCACAAGAUGGACCCAAAGCAGAAAAACCUGCCCGGGCCAGUUUGGAGAGACCACAGAAGCCGACCAUGGAAAAGCCCCACAGGGCCAGUGUUGACAGAGUAAAGCCCAACCCGGAAAACGCCUGCAAAUCGCCUCCCCCUCCUCCUCCACGCAAAUUCUACACCACAGGAACCGGGCACACAGGAGAGGUUGUCUUCACCACCCGGAAAGAGUCCACUAGCGCUCAGGAGGCUGAGGAAGAAGCCCCGGAGCCCAAACCCCUGCGCGCGCCCCCAGAGGUCAAGCCCAAGCCUUGCUCCCCUCCCCCUGUCAACACCUCCACCUUAAAAGAUGAAGAAGAUGAAGGAGAUAAGAUUAUGGCAGAGCUACAGGUUUUUCAGAAGUGCACAGUUAAAGAUUUACAGCCCAGAUACAUUGUUGAUCUCACAACCCAUGAGCCCUCAAUCAAUGAGAAGGAACCAGGGUUUUCCUUCUCUCACCACAAGCAGACCAGCACUCAUCUAUCCGAGGAAGGAACACUAUCGGAAAGUAGAGAAGGUAGUGGAACACCUGCCUCAUCUGGGGUGGUAUAUUGCAUCACCGGAACGACUACAAAGACAUAUGAAGCAGAUGACCUAAAGGAUCCCGCAGAAGCCACUUUUCCUUCUUCCAAGGUUGCAUCUGAGAACACUUCUGACCUUUCCCAGCGAUCAAACUUGUUAACAUCAGAUGAUGUAUCUCUUACUUCCUUUAACUCAGUCAAGGAGAUCCAAAGCAAGUUUAGCAAUCCUCAGCACUCUGUUAACUUUUCCAGGAACGGCCCCGGAGCUUUAAAAGAGAUGUCACUUAUUACUCCCAUAGAGUCACUUAGGCAUGUAGCACCUACAGCAGCUUCUGAGAAAGUCACACCUGUUGAGACAUCAGAGCAGCAGAUAGUCUAUACAUCUAACAUGCAAGAUCAGGAGACGCCAGUAAAGCAAGGACAAAGAAUGACUACUGUUGAAGUUACGCUUGUUAGCAAGAGCGCUGAAUAUCAGGUUCAAGCACCUGUCAGUCAACCAAGCUCUGACCCAUUAUGGGCGUCUCAGCCGUGUGAUGACAGUGUUACAAAUAUACAAGAAGUUAUAACGAGGUCAUCCCAAAGUCAGGACAGAUACACCGAAGACGCUAGUUUAAGUCCAGACCUACCAGGAGAAGAAGCCCCCCCUCCGCCAAAUAACAUCGCUUUUAGGAUCACUAAAUCCAAAGUACAGGCUCUGUCGACAGGAGAGUAUCAACAGCUGGUAAACAGCAAAGGCACGGAUGUCCAGACUCUGAGAGUGGGCUCCGAACCAAACCUAUUUGCUCCAGAGGACCCUGGAUAUGAUAAGAAGCCGGUUAUCAUCAUUUUUGAUGAGCCGAUGGAUAUCCAACAGGCAUAUAAGCGGCUGUCCACCAUCUUUGAGUGCGAGGAAGAACUGGAGAGGGUUCUGUCAGAGGAACGGAUCGAUGAAGAGCCCGAAGAAGAAGAAGAAGAGGAAAUGAACUCAAUGGUUCACGCCAGUCAGACAACACCUAGAAAUAAUCUCAUAGAUCCAUGCAGGACCGAGAACAGGCUUAACAAUCAAAGAAGUAGUAGUGUCGGAAACGCAGCAUCUCUACAAGUGGAGAACUCAUUUGAAUCCUCUCUCGAUGUUGACGACGGAGACAAAAUAGGAUCUUCAAAAGAUGCGAAAAAGAAAUUCAAGUUUAAGUUCCCCAAGAAGCAGCUCGCCGCUAUCGGCCAGGCCCUUCGUAAAGGGGAUAAAACAGGGAAGAAGACGCUGCAGGUGGUUGUGUACGAGGAUGAAGAGGAACCGGAUGGAACCUUGACCGAGCACAAAGAAGCCAAGAGGUUUGAGAUAAAACCUUCAACAGACCCAGAAUCUACCACCUCUCCGUCUUUAUCACAAAGCCCGACCUCCACAUCCCAGUCCGCCAAAGAUAGAACCGAGGAGAUCCGUAAGACGACGUAUCAAACGUUAGAUAGCCUUGAGCAGACCAUCAAACAGCUAGAAAGCACCAUAAGUGACAUUGGACCUGCACUGUCAUGUGAAGUCCCCUACAAAGACACCAAGCUUAAAAGAAACUCCAGUCAAGUAGAAACAGAGCAGGACAGUCCCACAAAAACACCACCUCCUCUGAAGCCAAAACCCCACAAGUCAUCUCAACAUAAGAGACCUAAAUCACAGUCUCGUUCCUCCACGAGCGCAUUAGGCUCCUCCAGUUCCUCCAGCUCCAGCAGUAAACAGAGCUCGCCAGGUGACUCGCCUGCUUCAAGUCGGAUUUCCUCGCCGAAUUCCCGCCAGAAGCCGGUGAUUGCGGAAAAACCUGCAAAACCCGGGAAACCCCAAAAGCUCCAGGAUUCUCAGAGGCAAUUCCGACAGGUUGUUCUACUGUAGAGCUGCCAGUGUAAGAGAUUUCCUACGGUAUAAAGACAAAUGAGCGUCACACCCUGUAAACCCGUGAAUCCGUUUUGUUGUGGACACACAUGGAUCCUUGUACACCAUUGCAAACACCUGCUUGUGCAUGAUUGUCAUGUACCACAAAGGAUCGGACUGUGUAAUGUGACUGUGUUGCUUGAGGAGGGAUGACUGGAUUUUCAUUCAGUUGGGAAAUGAAAACAUUUAAAAGUCGUCCGGUUCUGCAUAGUGCCAAAAUUCCUUCUUCCCUUUAUCCUUCAUGUGUAAAACAAACUUUGAGAGAAACACAUAUGUUGACCCAUAUUAUGCUGUUUGUUAUAAGAGCAAUAUUUUUGUUGGUGGUUUUAUGAAUAUAGAGCUCUAUAUUUUCACGUAUGUUGACUUUCCAUGUCUUCCGGCAUCUUUGUUUCCAAGCUAACAGGAUUGCCUGGUGCUUCCCUUACUUUGCCGCCUUCUAAGAUCCCAGCCUUUAUACCCAACUCAUGGAUCAAAGCUUAACCCAUGCUCCUAAUUCAAACACAUCUAGGACUACUAAUCAAACAUCUUUCUCUUCUUCUAAAUCCUUUGUACUCAGUCUGAGACACUGGCCCAGUGGUAGACCCCCUAACCCUAAAAAUCAAGUUCUUCUACACACUC